AUGGACAUGCGAGAAAUCAUCAAAUCCCUUCAGUCUCAUUUCACCCCUUCUACUAAUGAAGCUAUCGGCGCAUUUGAACAGUCUCUACCUAGAGAUACAUAUCAAGCAUUUUCCCUUGGUGAAGAUCCCUUGACGUUUGUGUUCAGCGCGUACUGGGCGGAUGAUACGCUAUACGAGAGUCGGACUUUCAAGGCUGAAAGUGAUCUGACGGCGGAUUUUGUCAGGUAUGAGAAAGCAAUGAUGAGUGGUGAGAUGGCUUGUCCAUUGGAAGAUUGA